AUGCCCGAAGAACAAAGCCUCCAAAUAAAGCCACAUGCAUUUUCACUGCAGUUCUGGGAGGUAAUAUCAGAUGAGCAUGGGAUCGAUCCAAACGGCCAGUAUCACGGCGAUAGCGAUCUGCAACUUGAGCGGAUCUGCGUUUACUAUAAUGAAGUCCAAAAACAACGAUACGUGCCGAGCGGUGCGGGUAACAAUUGGGCCAAAGGCCACUAUACGGAAGGAGCAGAGCUAGUGGACAGUGUGCUGGAUGGUUUUCAAUUCACGCAUUCGCUUGGAGGCGGUACUGGCUCCGGAAUGGGUACACUGUUGAUCUCAAAGAUUCGUGAAGAAUAUCCGGAUCGAAUUAUGACUACCUUUUCAGUCGUUCCAUCGCCCAAGGUACAUAUUUCUCACAUUUAG